AUGCUGUCUCCCUCCUCCCGUCUCCUGCAGAAGAGGCGGGAGGCCACGGAGGUCCACAAAGCUAUGAAACUGCAAGGAGAUUUUGAGUCAACUCUCAGAGCCAUGAGAAUCCGCAAGGAUGAGCUCAUAGAGGGGGGCCAGAUGAAGGAAUAUCUGCAGAAAUUUGACAACUUUCUUAAGCUGUUAGGAAAGCCGGCCGAGAGAGGGAAGAGGGAACUGACUAAUCAGAAGCAGGUGGACAUGGUCACUCUACAGGAGGAUACCAAAUCUCUCAUCAAAGAGAGGGACUGUCUGAAGAAACGAGUGCAGAAGAAUGGCAUCUACACACUGUACCCCCGUUACCUGGAUAAAGUGGUACAGGCCAGUGAACAGGCAGAGGCCAGACAGGUGAUGUCUCGCUACGACACGUUGAUGCUGACCCGGGAGGACCUGGUGCAGACUACCCAGCAGAAUCAGGACAGCACAGAGAAGGCCCGAGCCCAGCUGGCCCGCUUCAUGGAGCAGAGCAACGACACUCUGGCCCAGCUACAGUGCCAGCUGGACAAGGCCCGCGCUGAGGGCAUCAUCUGGGAAUCAAGAUGGGCCCACAUUCAGGACACAGCUGCCAAGACGACACUUCUGUUGGGCACAAUCAAGAUGGCCACUCUCAAUCUGUACCAGAGCGUGUGCAAGAGGGCCAAAGACACUAGGGAAUUACCUGUUGCUCCAGAGGACACUCCUAAGCAGCAGGAGAAGAUCCAGACAUUCCUAGCCGAUCUGAUCGCCCUUUGGGAGGAGGUGAGCAUGCCGGAUCAACCAGGGCCAACUGGACACAAAUAG